CUUAUUAUCUAUUACAGAAAAUGGCCUGUGAAGGAAAUUUGCGAGUUGACAAUCAAGAAACAAUUGAAUGUCUGCAAAGAGAAGCUGAAUCUCUGAAAAAGAAAUUAGAGGACGAAAAAGCAAAGCUUAGCGAUGUCUUAAUGGGAGCAGCAACAGAUAAAAUACCAAAGAUAGACAACUUUACCAUGAAAAUGAGGAAAAUGUUAAAAGGUCAUCAUGGAAAAGUUUUAUGUAUGGACUGGUCAAGAGACAAAAGACACAUUGUUAGCUCAUCUCAGGAUGGGAAGAUGCUGGUGUGGGAUGCAUUUACAACUAAUAAGGAACAUGCAGUUACCAUGCCAACAACAUGGGUAAUGGCAUGUUCAUAUGGACCUACUGGUGAAGUUGUAGCAUGUGGAGGGUUAGACAAUAAAUGUACUAUUUAUCCUCUGUCAAUGGAUGAAGAUCCUUUAACAAAGAAGAGAGCUGUUGCCACACAUACCAGUUACCUAUCCUGCUGUACAUUUACAAGUUCAGAUAAACAGAUAUUGACAGGAAGUGGUGACAGUACAUGUGCAUUGUGGGAUGUAGAAAGUGGUCAGCUGAUUCAAAGUUUCCAUGGUCACGCAGGAGAUGUUAUGAGUAUUGAUCUGUCACCUUCUGAAACUGGAAAUUUGUUUGUUUCUGGGGGUUGUGAUAAGGUUGCUAUGGUUUGGGAUAUGAGGACUGGUGAUUGUGUACAAGUAUUUGAAGGUCACCAGUCAGACAUCAACAGUGUGAGGUUUUAUCCCAGUGGUGAUGCUUUUGCGACAGGAUCUGAUGACAGUACUUGUCGGUUAUUUGAUCUUCGAGCAGAUAGAGAAGUUAACUGUUACCAGAAAGAAAGCUUAAUAUUUGGUUGUAACUCAGUAGAUUUUUCUGUUAGUGGUCGUCUUUUGUUUGGAGGUUACAAUGACUACACAGUAAAUAUAUGGGAUGUCUUAAAAGGAAACAGGGUGUCAAUUUUAUAUGCACAUGAAAACAGAGUAAGCUGUCUGGGUGUGUCUCCAGAUGGCACUGCUCUCUGCACAGGAAGUUGGGACUAUACUCUAAAGAUAUGGGCCUAGACCAUCCAUGAUAACCACCAGAUGUUCAAGAUCUCAUCUUCAAACAAGGAAUCUCUGAAGACAAGACCAAGACUAUAAUUUAGUUCUUUUUGAAAGUAUAAAUCCAAUAUGAACACAUUUUUUUUUCUUUUCUGUCUCUUAGUACACUAAUCUUUUCUGUCUCUUGAACAUUAAAUUGUCUUUUAGUUUUAUAUCAUGAAUUAUGCAUGUAACAGUUGAUGCAACAAUAAGAGUACUGUAAAUUCAGAAAUUAUUGUGUGCAUUUAUUAUUGCAACUUUUUAAGAAUAGACAAAAAUUUGAGAUUUCAGAAAAAUCUGCAUAUAGAUACAUGUAUCAGAUAUUAGAAAGCGAGUUUGUAUUUUGUGAUAUUCACCCAGUUGCAUUAUUCGCAUAAAUAAAAAAAAUUGCAAAAAUUCUGAAUUUGCAGUAUGAGUUAACUAUGACCUAUAAUCUUUCACAUUUUCUAUCAAUAUUACAUUACACCAUCAUCAUAUUUUUAUCAACAGUCAAGCAGUUUUUUAUUGUUCAUUUAAUAUAUGUAUGCAUAUUUUAUGUAGAUGCUGUACAUGCACACUUUACCUCAGACUAAGUUUAUUGGGCUAUUAGAUACCCUUCAGUGUCUGAAUGUGGAUUAUCCAUGUGCAUCGUUAUUACAAAAAUUUGAUGUAAUGUCUUAUCAAGGAAUGUUGCUGAUGUCAGGCAUUCAGAUAAAUCAGUGUCAGGAAUUUUAGAAGAGAGUCUGGAUGGGGUAUACAGAAUACAGUUAUGGCCAAAAAUAUAAAGGAGAGAAAAGAGAAAAAUGGUAAAAAAAAUUAUUGGGUGCUAAUAUUUUAGGAAUAGGAUAAAAUGAACAAACAAAAAAUAGAUAAUUAUGAUAAAAAAAAAUAAUGAAUACCCCUACCAGACCCUUUUACAAUUAACUUUAAAUUUAAAAUUAGUUUUAUCUGAUAUUAAAAUGAAAUGCUAAUUAGAUCGAAUCUAACUGAAAAGAUUGUAAAAUACAAGUAGUAGUGAAGUUUGAUUGAUAUAUUUUGUAUCUGGUACUCUGAUGAUAUGUUGAUGAUUAUUGACUGUUAGACUCAUUGCUUUCUCUCUGAGAUUUUAGAUCUGAAUUGUCUGCUUGUUGAGAAAUUAGAUUUCCAAAAUGUCAAUUGGUGUUUUGUCAUGCAAUUUUUUAUGAGAUCCUAUGAUUAAAGUUAAAACAUAACUCAUUAGAUUUAAAGAAUAUGAGGAAAAUAAAAUAGAAGGUAUUAUUACAAAAAAUGUGUAAUUUCAUUCAACAAUAAAUACAUAUAUUUUUUCAAUUGAAUGCUCAACUUUUAAAUAAGUGAAUAUCUUUAUAGUAAGACUUGAAAAAAGAAGAAAAAAAUCUGUUUUUAUUUCACAUGAACUGAAAACCAGUUGAAAUAGGACAGACUGGACAUUUUGCUAUCCAAGUUUCUGUGAAAAAGUAUGUCUUAGAUUGUCUGGUGCACAAACAUAAGCAAAAAAUACCAACAACUUAAAAGUUGCUAAAAGAACUAAAAAAGGAUGGAAUUUAAAAAAAAAAAAUAUUUGACAACCUAAUUGAAGCUAUUAAACAAGGUUUGGUCCAGAAAUGUACUUUAGACAGACAUUAUACAAUAAAUUACCAUUGAAUAGGAAAAGAUGGUAAUUGAGAUUUUUAUCCACAUAUUUAUUAUGUAUUGAUAACUAACACUUUACUACGCUGAAUUACAGUUUGAAGCAUAUAUUUCAGCCAGCAUCAAUCUUAUAAUGCUGAAUUAGUUAAAUGUGUUAGUUGUUUCAUUGUUAUCCAUGUUUGUUUGUUUUUUAUCUGAAUUCCUUUAUUUAUAUUUUAGAUAUAUAUUUAUAUAUGUGUUUUUUACUAUAUAUUUUAUGUUUCUGCUGACAGUAAAGAGACUUAAAACAUGACAAUAAUUCUGUAAAAACAACAUUAUCAAUUAAGGUUAAAGUUAAAAAAAAUUGUUGGUAUUUGACAACUUGUAGAUUAGCUGAAGUAUUAUAUAAACAUGUUCAAUAUAGCUCAAAUUUGAAAUAAAUAUAUUUUCAUCUGAAAGUUUUCAAGAAUCUUCUUCAUUUCUGCUUUAUAAAUUUACCACUGUUUUCACAUAUUUGCCAUUCAAACAAAAAAUCCAGUUUUUAUUUAAAUAUUAAAAGUAAGCUGAAAAUUUCUCAUAUUCUCAUAAUGGCAUGAUUAGGAAAAGAAUAUUAUAUUUGAUAGAACUAAGAAUGUUAAAAAUUUAUUCCAUAUAUGGGAAAACAAAAAUCAUUACAUUACCAUAGUAUCAAUUGAAGUACUUGUUUUUUGGCUUUAUAGAUGGUAACAAAAGAACAUAUAAUUAUACAUCCAUGAAAUGGAACCUUCCAUUUAAACCACUAAAAUUGUACAGAUGAUGGUUAUUAAACUUAAUGAAUCCACAAAAACAUGAAAGUACUCAAAAACCAAAGAGAUGGGAUUAAGGAUGUAGUUGGGUCAGGUUUAUGAUUUUUUGUCAGAUGUUCAGACUCCUUGGCUUUUUCCCUAUGAUACAGGGUAAAAUAUUUUGCCCCAUAUCACCCAUUUUUCUUUUCAUAGAAGACCUUAAUUACUCCUUAAUAGGUUGUGACCAAAAUUUAAGCAGAUUCUAUGAUGAUGGGAGUUUUUAACGACCUUUAUUCUAGAUUUUUUUUCUUAUGAUUUGAGACCCAAAUAAUGCCAAUACUAAAUAUAAGAUAAAAGUCAGAGUCAGCCUUUUCCAGCCAUUUUUAAAAAAUCAAAUAUCUCAAAAAGCAGUUCCAUAACCUAUCAAUAUUUUUAGCUUAUUUUGUUCCUUAACUAGUGCUCUUCUGACUUAUAGUAACAAUUUUAAAUUCAAGUUUUUUUUUUUAUUUCACCUAACUACAUCCUUAAGGUGUUGAGUGUUUAGGGAAGGGGUUAGCACCUGCCCCUUUAUAUAUCUCAGUCACCAGAGAAGUUAUACGUUAUAGAGUUUUGUUCCCUUUUGAAAUUCUGUGACCUACCAAUGAAAAUAGUGAUUUUUGCCUUAUUAACAAGCUUGUUCUGUCCUAUUUUAAUAAAUCUUAUUUAACCUGUGUAAUACCAUUUGCAAUAUAUAAUUACCAAAAUUGUGUGCUCUUUUUUUAUACUGAUCAUUAGUGGCUCAGAAACACAUUGAAAUCACUGAUAUUUUUAAUUGUUAACAAAUCUGUUAAAAAAAAGUAAGACAGGAAAAAUCCUGAAAGUGCUUUUACAUGUAUCUAUUACAAUUUAAAGGGGUGUCUAUGUAUUUAAUAUGUUUAAAUGGAACACCUUUUAACUAAUUCAGAUGCAAAUGGUUAAAUACAAAUUUAUAUUAAUUAUAUUGUUAAAUAGUUGCAAACCAAUAAUAAGUUCAAAGUUCAACAAUGGUACAAAGAAACCAUAUGUUAGUUACAUUUAUAAUUAAUAAUAUCAGUUAAUGACAAAUGAAAUGAAUGCACAGUAUUGUUAAUGAGUAUAUAAAGUAUUUGUUUAUGUAUGUUAUAGAUAUUUUUAACUACAUGUAUUUGUAUAGAGUCAGUACCAACUGAUGCAAUAUUUUGUUAUUUUAUUUCUAGUCGAUGUUGUCUGUUAUAAAGAUAAUCCUUUUUUUAUUAUAAGAUAUACAAUAAAUAAAUAGAUAUGUA